UCCUCGUUUCAAACACGAUUAUAUUUUGUCUUUCUUAGCAGGAAUAGUUCAUCGCAAACCUGCAUUAUAUUCUCUGCUACCUUAUGAUAUCUUUAACAGCAACGUCGUGAACAUAGCUGCCGUGGCUCGGAUUGUACCCCACACAUUCUCGACCGGAGCGAUUACUAACGCAACUGAUAACCUCUCGAAUUGACGUGGACUUCCUACGACUACAUUUGAUAGACCGGUCUACUCUGCUCACUGUUUCCAAAUAUAUGGUCGCGAGAUUAGGCCUUUGAUUGCCAGUUGAUUGAAUAUAAUAUACAUAUAAGCCUCCGCCAUGUCCUUUCUUGGUGGUGCCGAGUGCUCGACUGCCGGCAACCCAUUGACACAAUUCACCAAACACGUUCAAGAUGACAAGUCUUUACAGCGAGAUAGACUGGUGGGAAGGGCACCGGGGAUGCAGGAGAGCAUGCGUUCUCGGGGGAUGGCAGGACCGGGUGAUCAGAUGAUGGAUGAAUUCAUGCAACAACCCGGCCAUCUCCCCCAUCAAGCCCCCGUUCAACCUUUUGCCAUGGAACAAAUGCGACGAGAAAUCGAAUCAAUGCAACAUGCGCCCGUGCGUACAGGAUCACCUGGCUGGGCUACCGAAUUUGAUAGCGAACAAGCACGUAUGGAAGCCGCUUUUCAAAGUCCUAAUGCCGCUCCUGCUGUACUCGAUAAUAGGGGUCCUGGGUUCUCCGCUGCGGAAUUCUCUCGAUUCCAGCAACAACAUCGUACAGCGAGCCCGAUCACGCAGUCGGCACAGUCACCUAUAAUGAGUGGGUAUCAGCGGCCUAUGAUGGGUGGAUAUAUGGGUGGAAUGGGCGCUAUGGGAAUGAUGAGUCCGUCGUAUAUGCCUAUGCAACAACAACAACAACAACAACAACAACAACAACCAGCCGCUCAACAACAAGACAGUAAAGGGAAAGGACGAAUGGUCGAGUUAGACGACGAGAACUGGGAAGCUCAAUUCGCCGAAAUGGAUGCAGCGGGUCAAGAGGCAUUUGAUGAGCAGGCAAAUCAUGCCAUGGAAGCAGAACUCAAUGAUCUGGACAGAAAACUGGCCGAAGAGAAUCUUGAUUUUGAAGAAGUUGCGAAUUUACAUCUGGGCGAUACACAUGGUUGGGAAGGGUUCGAUAGUCUGAACACACGAUUCCGCGACCCGCAAUUGGGGGAUUAUGUUUUUGAAGAGGAUAAUGCGUUCCGGGCUGUGGGUAACCCGUUCGAGGAAGGAAUGAAGAUUAUGAAGGAAGGUGGGAAUUUGUCUCUAGCUGCACUUGCUUUUGAAGCGGCCGUCCAGAAGGAUCCUCAACAUGUACAGGCCUGGACGAUGCUUGGAUCUGCGCAGGCACAGAACGAGAAGGAGAAUCCGGCAUUACGUGCAUUGGAGCAAGCGUUGAAAUUGGAUCCUAACAAUCUCGAUGCUCUUAUGGGCUUGGCCGUCUCGUACACAAACGAAGGCUACGAUUCCACGGCAUAUCGUACGCUGGAACGAUGGCUCUCGGUGAAAUAUCCUCAAGUCAUCGACCCCAGCGAUCUUUCUGCCGAUACCGACGUCGGCUUUACGGAUCGACAACUAUUGCACGAUAAAGUAACAGACCUUUUUAUCCAGGCAGCACAACUCUCGCCGUCGGGAGAACACAUGGAUCCCGACGUACAAGUCGGUCUAGGCGUACUAUUCUACUGUGCCGAAGAAUACGACAAAGCGGUAGACUGCUUCUCAGCAGCACUCGCAUCCACGGAAUCCGGAACAUCAAACCAACAAGAACAAGUCCAUCUCCUCUGGAACCGCCUCGGAGCCACACUAGCCAACUCAGGCCGCUCCGAAGAAGCAAUCGAAGCAUACGAAAAGGCGCUCACCAUCAACCCAAACUUUGUCCGCGCACGAUACAAUCUCGGCGUAUCCUGUAUCAAUAUCGGGUGCUACCCAGAAGCCGCACAACACUUACUGGGUGCAUUGGCAAUGCAUAAAGUAGUCGAACAACAAGGUCGCGAGAAAGCGCGCGAAAUCGUGGAAGGUGUUGAUGGGAUUGACGAUGCAGAGUUGGAGCGCAUGAUUCAUAUUAGUCAGAAUCAGAGUACGAAUUUGUAUGAUACCUUGCGGAGGGUGUUUACGUCGAUGGGGAGACGUGAUCUGGCGGAUAUGGUUGUGUCGGGGAUGGAUGUGGACGUGUUCCGGCGGGAAUUUGAAUUCUAGUCCUCUCUACUUAUCUAGAAUUUCUUCUAGAUAAAGAAUAUAUGAUGAUUGUGCUAGUUAUUUCGUAUGAUACAACUGGUACAUAGUUAGUUAUCAGGGUAGUAACUACUACUUAACUAACAGCUGUGGUGAUAAGGCUUGCCUGAGGCAGUCAACAACG